AUGCCAUUUAACUGCAGAGCCGAAGGCGCUUGGGCUGUCCGAAUGUGUAUCUCAGGUGACUCGGUCUUCCUCGGCCAUCCUCCGGUUCGGUUGGCAUGCUUAUCUCUUCCCUUUCCUGCUGAUGCUACGUUAACCUGCUCGAGUGUAGAACUGGCCGAAGUAUUCUCUUGGGCAGUCUCCUGUCUCGUCCGGCAGCGCGUCUGGCUAUGCCGGAUCUCAUGGAUUCUGUACUCGUGUAUCACUAUCUGCCAGCUCCACCUUUUCCCGCCUCAUCAAUCUUAUUCAAUCGGACCUCGUCUCCUUGCCUCUAUCGUAUUCGUUGUUUCUACUCUUCUGCAUGUUUGA